CUUCUCCCCACUCUACUCUUGUGCCUUGCAUACCGUCCUAACCCUUUCCUGGAAGGUCUUACAAUUCAACCAUCUCCAAGUCCUACCUUGUAUUCCAACUAUCUUCCUCAUUGGAACGGGCCAGAGAUUUACAUCCCCUUUAUCAACGAUAACCCAGAUCCCCUCACAACUUCAUCCACCAUGCCUUCCUCUAUCGCAACCAGCCCCAAACACAACGACCCCGCCUCCAAACGCAGACGCUUCCAACCAGCCAUCACCACCUUUUUCUCCACAACCGCCAACCCAACAGACACCCCGCAUCUCUCCCACAACCACUACGCCGCAACCACCUACUCCCCGACUCCCAUCGUCUCCGCUAAGGUCCAAUCCUCACUCCUCUCCGUCGGCAUGCGCGUCCGCAAGUCCGUCGCAGAAGGAUACAAGACCAAGACCCCCGGACACACCUCAAUGAUGUUCGCCGCCCCUGAGACACAACACCCAGUCUCAGGCCCCCACACCACCGAGCUGGCCCCCUUCAGCGGGAUGACGAAACCAGGCUACCACCACGACGCCGUGGCCCCUUUCUCUCGGCCAUCAUGCACAAUGAACACCGACGAGCUGAUCACCGACGACGGCGACGCCUUCUCCCUCCCUCCCAGCAGCCAAGACUCCGUCGACUCCCUGGUCUCCGGCCAGAAACGGACCCUCGACUCCGACGAGUACGAGGAUGACCUCUCCCAUUACACAAACGCCGAAUGGUCUCUGAGUGAGCCUUGGAUGAACACGACUGCAGCGGAUGUGGGCCAGGCGCCCGUGUCAGGACGGACGAUCUUGGCUCCAACGCUGGGACGCCAGCGCCGUCGGUUCGUCGCCGCGCAGAGGCAGGGUACUAUGGACGUUGACGAUGACGACUUUGAGGAACCCUCUUUUCUGCGCAGGCGCGAGGAGGUCGAUAUGGAGUUUGUUUCGGGGGCAGGCGAGUAUGAAGUCCAGAUGGGUGGUGUGUGAUUGACUCUUCGUCACUACCGAUGUGUCUUCUAUGUUGACUGUCUGCUUGGGGAUUCUAACUGCUGGGCUGGAUCCAGCGGCUGUCUGCCCUCGUCCCUUUUACCUUCAUGUGCAUGUUUAUUCGGACAUAUCUUCUCUUUCCUUUUCUUUUCUUCUCGUUUGCGCUUUCUCUCGCCUAGUUAAAUACCCGGACUGUCUUCUUGUUUCUUCCUUUCUUUCCCCAUUUCUAUGUUUUUGUCCAAUCACGGUCUGGUCUG